UGGCAUAAAGGACGGGUGAUCGCGGCGCCUUCCAUAGAUCCUUUCUCCCGAAGCCACGAAGAAGAACCGCGGGGGUGUUAGGGAGAUGUAGUCAAUUCCCCGCUGGAGGACAGAAGCAGUGCCCCAGCUGGCCGGGAUAGCAGCAGGAAAAGAUGGCUGCGGAGGGGAUUUUCAGGCCACCGUCUGAAAACAGAGCCCCGUUUGUGACGCCGAACGGCGAGCGGGCCGCGUGUCACCCGGGCCGUUCCGUUUAAACGGUUCCGCUCGGGUUCGUUUAAACGGAAUCGAGCACCAUGGGGUCGCAGACGCUGCAGAUCCUGAGGCAGGGGGUUUGGGCUUCAGUCACAGGCGGAUGGUACUACGACCCCGACCAGAACACGUUCGUCAACGCGUCCCAUCUGUACAUCUGGCUGUUCCUGCUUUGUUUCCCCUUCACGCUGUACAUGGCCCUGCCGCCCACCAUGGUGAUCGUGGGGAUCUACUGCGGUGUCAUCGGUGCCGUGUUCCUGCUGCUGAAGACGGUGAAUUACCGCCUCCACCAUGCCCUGGAUGAGGGGGAGGUGGUGGAGCACCGCGCCAAGGAGACGCUGGGCUGCAGAGGGGGCAGUGAUGGAGGCGCCACCCGCCGGGAGGACAGCAACGGCCCGGGGGACCCUGGGGGGGGCAUCGAGAUGGCGCGCUUCAUUCGACAGGAGACGCCACCGGUGGACUGCAGCUCCAGGAACUCCUACAUCGGGAUGGAGUCCAGCCACCAGGUUUUACAUGGAGCAGCUGCACUCAAAGAUGUGGGGAAGCUGUCGGACGACAUCAGCUUGACUCUGGUUGAGAGCUGCAGUCACGAUCACGAUCUGCUCGCCGACACCAAGAUGUACUGCCUUGUAGCCAACGACUCCUUCGCCUCCUUGCAGCCGUCCACGUCCCUGUGUCCCUCAGAGCUGUCCCGUGAACCCGCCGACCUCUGCAGCUCCGCCGCUCAUCACCUGUCACACCCCCCCUGCGACGGCGACGCCGCCGCCCACGCAACCUUCAGGAAGGAGCUUCACGCUCGCGGUCUGCCGCGGACCUCCAGCUCGGUGGGCUCGGCUUUCCCUGACCCGAGUCUUCCCGACUUCACCUUGUAUCCUCCGCCCAGGCGGGGGGGGCUGGACCCCGUGUGCGAGCUGGAGGCGGCCCGCCCGCAGACGUGCGACGGCGGCGGGGCGGAGCAGCCCUCCACCUCCGGACUGGAGUGUCGCAGACACAAAGAGGCGCGGCGAGUGACUCGCUCCGCCUCCAGGGAGGCGGGGGAAGGCACCUCAGGGCUCUACCAGGGGGAGGUGGGCGGCGGCAAAGGGGGAGGAGCUAAGUCCCGUGGAGGAGAACGGAGCGUGGACAGCCUGAGGAGCCUGAGCACGCGCAGCAGCGGCUCCACGGAGAGCUACUGCAGCGGCACGGACAGGGACACCAACAGCACCGUCAGCAGCUUCCACAGCGAGCAGACAAGCUCCACCCACGUGGAGAGCCUGCUGUCCUUCUCGGGGGACGAGCACCGCGGCCCGGCGGCGCCUGCAGACGGCAGGACGUCCAGCCUCUGCAGCAUCAGCUCUCAAGGCCUCAGCAACCAUCCGUCCAGAGAGGCCAACAAAAACCCGCACGCCAACGAGCUGACGGCCAAACAAACCGCAGGAGCCCCUCCCUCCGCCCCCCAGGAGCCGGGCAAACCCGGCGCAGACCCCGGGGACUGCAGGACGAGCGCCGACGGCUCCGCCGGGGCCCCCAGCUCGGAUCAGGAGAAGGAGGAUGCUGAGGAUGAGUCGGCUAACGUGGUCCAGAGGACUUCCUCUCUGUCUGCGGGGCGCAGCGGGCGCCGGCAGGGCGAGAAGAAGAGGGCGAGCAGCCUGGACGUGAGCCGCCGCCGGGACUAUGCGCUCGUGCGCGGGAUGACGAAGCCUUGUAGCGCCGUUUUUGCCGGGGGAGGAGACGGGGACUGCAGCGAUCACAGCGAACUCAGCCUUGCCUCCAGCCUUCACUCCGCCCACCAUCGAAGCACCGACAGCUCCUCCAGCGCCACCUCCCGCUCCUGCCACUCGCCGGACGCCCACGUCCGCGUCCUGAAAGCUAAACAUGCUGCAGCUAACGCCCCCGCCGCCUCCUCCUCCUCCACAGUGAAAGCUGAGGCCGGAGCGCGAGGCGGAGGGAAGCGCCACGCCUCCCGCCGCACGCCCAGCACAGGCAGCGCCAAAACACACGCCAGGGUGCUGAGUCUGGACAGUGGCACCGCCGCUUGCCUUAACGACCCCGGUCGCCUGGGGGCCCCGGCCGGGCCCCGCCCCCUCACCACCUCCAAGUCUGACCUGGAAGCCAAAGAAGGGGAGGUCCUGGACGCCGCGUCCCUGCUGGGCCGGGCCUCCCAGCUGGAGUCGGUGACCCGCUCCAGGAGUAGUCUGCCCAACCAGGCGGCUUUGAGUGAGCCUCAGGACGCCGCGUGCCUGCGGGGGGCGCCGGGAAGCGAGGAGACGGUCAUUUUCCGCCGUGAACGUAGCACAUUCCGCCGCCAGGCGGUCCGACGGCGGCACAACGCCGGGAGCAACCCCACCCCUCCCACCUCGCUCAUCGGGUCUCCACUCAGUCUUCAGGAGGCUCUCAGCCAGGCCUCCCAGCCUUCUACUUCCCAGGUGAAAGGUCAGCCAUCCAGAACCCCGUCCCAGGUGACCGUGCUGAGCACAAGCGCCUCCCUGCUGGCCAGGAAUGGAAGCACACACCUGGAGGGUUCUCAGGACAAGGCCUCCACCGUCGGCGCCACCAGCUUACAGGAUGACUUUGGAAAGUUCACCCCCUCCCUUUACGAGGCCGCCGGAUGCGACAUGUCGCUGGUCAGCUUCGAACCCGCAACCCGACGAGCCUCCAAUAACCCGUGGGAGAGCGACUCCCACCUCUCCAGUUCUACCUCAGUCCGCUUCUACCCUCAUGACCUGAUCCGCCUGAACCGCCUGCUGACCAUGGACCCGGAGCUGCUGGAGCAGCACGACGGCGACAUGAGCCCGGAGCUGCAGGACGCCCCCGCGGGUCAGGAGGACCCGGCGGCGGCGGCGGUGGCUGCCGGCAGAGUCCCGCAGUACUACCGCCUGUGGCUCCUGCCGUGCCUGCGGGUCGGCCUGCACUUCGACCGGCUCACCCUGCUGGCGCUGUUCGACAGGAACCGGGAGGUUCUGGAGAACGUGCUGGCGGUGCUGCUCGCCGUGCUGGUGGCCUUCCUGGGUUCGGUUCUGCUCAUCCACGGCUUCUUCACGGACAUCUGGGUCUUUCAGUUCUGCCUCGUCAUCGCCAGCUGCCAGUACUCGCUGCUGAAGAGCGUUCAGCCCGACUCUUCCUCGCCCAGACACGGCCACAACCGCAUCAUCGCGUACAGUCGGCCCGUCUACUUCUGCCUGUGCUGCGGCCUCAUUUGGCUGCUGCACUACAGCAGCCUGAGGACCGCCUCCAGCCGCUUCACCCUCUACGGCGUGGCGCUGACCAGCUCGCUGCUGCUCGCCUCCGCCCGCGACCUCGUCAUCAUCUUCACGCUCUGCUUCCCCGUCGUCUUCUUCGUGGGGCUGCUGCCUCAGGUCAACACCUUCGUCAUGUACCUCUUCGAGCAGCUGGACAUCCACGUGUUCGGGGGCAACGCCUCCACCAGCCUUCUGUCGGCGCUCUACAGCGUCCUGAGGAGCAUCGUCACCGUCGCUCUGCUCUACGGCUUCUGCUACGGAGCCCUGAAGGAGACCUGGGAGCCUCAUCACAUCCCCGUCCUGUUCUCUGUGUUCUGCGGCCUCUUGGUGGCGCUGUCGUACCACCUGAGCCGGCAGAGCAGCGACCCGUCUGUGCUCAUCUCGCUCAUUCAGUCCAAGGUCCUACCAAACCUGAAGGACAAGAACCCGGAGGACCCGCUGUCGGAGGUGCAGGACCCUCUGCCGGAGAAGCUCCGGGCCUCCGUGAACGAGCGGCUGCAGUCGGACCUGAUCGUCUGCGUGGUCAUCGCCGUGCUGUACUUCGCCAUCCACGUCAGCACCGUGUUCAUCGCCCUGCAGCCUUUCCUCAGCUACGUCCUGUACGCCCUGCUGGGCGCCGUGGGGCUGCUGACCCACUACCUGCUGCCCCAGGUCCGGAAGCAGCUGCCCUGGUUCUGCUUCUCCCACCCGCUGCUCAAAACCAAGGAGUACUACCAGUUUGAGGUCCGGGACGCCGCUCAUGUCAUGUGGUUCGAGAAGCUUCACGUGUGGCUGCUCUUCGUGGAGAAGAACAUCCUCUACCCGCUGGUCAUCCUGAACGAGCUGAGCGGCAGCGCCAGAGAGCUCGCCAGCCCGAAGAAGCUGGACACCGAGGUCGGCGCUCUGAUGAUCACCAUCGCCGGUUUGAAGCUGCUCCGCUCCUCCUACAGCAGUCCCACCUACCAGUACGUGACCAUCCUCUUCACCGUCCUCUUCUUCACCUUCGACUUCCGGCAUCUGUCGGAGACGCUGCUGCUGGACCUCUUCCUCAUGUCCAUCCUCUUCAGUAAGCUGUGGGAGCUGGUUUACAAGCUGCACUUCGUGUACACCUACAUCGCUCCGUGGCAGAUCACCUGGGGGUCGGCCUUCCACGCCUUCGCCCAGCCCUUCGCCGUGCCUCACUCCGCCAUGCUGUUUCUGCAGGCGGUGGUGUCCGCCGUCUUCUCCACGCCUCUCAACCCUUUCCUGGGAAGUGCCAUCUUCAUCACCUCCUACGUUCGACCCGUCAAGUUCUGGGAGCGAGACUAUAACACCAAGAGGGUGGACCACUCCAACACACGGCUGGCCUCUCAGCUGGACAGGAACCCAGGCUCCGACGACAACAACUUGAACUCCAUCUUCUACGAGCACCUGACCCGGUCUCUGCAGCACAGCCUGUGUGGAGACCUGCUGCUGGGCCGCUGGGGGAACUUCAGCACCGGAGACUGCUUCAUCCUGGCCUCCGACUACCUGAACGCUCUGGUGCACCUGAUCGAAAUCGGCAACGGUCUGGUGACCUUCCAGCUGCGGGGGCUGGAGUUCAGAGGAACGUACUGCCAGCAGAGGGAGGUGGAGGCCAUCACUGAGGGGGUGGAGGAGGACGAGGGCUGCUGCUGCUGCGAGCCCGGCCACCUCCCUCACUUCCUGUCCUUCAACGCCGCCUUCGGGCAGCGCUGGCUGGCCUGGGAGGUCCUGGUCACCAAGUACGUCCUGGAGGGCUACAGCAUCACGGACAACAGCGCCGCCUCCAUGCUGCAGGUGUUCGACCUGCGCCGCAUCCUCACCACCUACUACGUGAAGGGCAUCAUCUUCUACGUGAUCGCCUCCUCCAAACUGGAGGAGUGGCUGGCCAACGAGACCAUGAGGGAGGGGCUGCGAGGGUGCGGGGAGCGGAACUACGUGGACCUGGACCCCACCUUCAACCCCAACAUCGACGAGGACUACGACCACCGGCUGGCCGGCAUCUCCAGAGACAGCUUCUGCGGGGUCUACCUGGGCUGGAUCCAGUACUGCAACUCCCGCAGGGCCAAGCCGCUGGACUGUGAGAAGGACUCGCCGCUGGUGCUGCUCUGCUUCGGCCUGUGCGUGCUGGGGAGGAGAGCGCUGGGGACCGCCGCCCAUCACAUGUCCAGCAAUCUGGAGUCUUUCCUUUACGGCCUCCACGCCUUGUUCAAAGGAGACUUCCGCAUCUCGUCCGUGCGAGACGAGUGGAUCUUCGCCGACAUGGAGCUGCUCAGGAAAGUGGUGGUUCCUGGAAUCCGAAUGUCCCUCAAACUCCACCAGGACCACUUCACCUCCCCCGACGAGUACGACGAGCCCGCCGUGCUCUACGAGGCCAUCUCCUCCCACCAGCAGAACCUGGUCAUCGCCCACGAGGGCGACCCGGCCUGGAGGAGCGCCGUGCUGUCCAACUCCCCGUCCCUUCUCGCCCUGCGCCACGUCCUGGACGAAGGCACCAACGAGUACAAGAUCAUCAUGCUGAACCGGCGCUACCUCAGCUUCCGCGUCAUCAAGGUGAAUAAGGAGUGCGUGCGCGGCCUGUGGGCGGGGCAGCAGCAGGAGCUGGUGUUCCUGAGGAACCGGAACCCCGAGCGCGGCAGCAUCCAGAACGCCAAGCAGGCUCUGCGCAACAUGAUCAACUCGUCCUGCGACCAGCCCAUCGGGUACCCCAUCUACGUGUCGCCGCUGACCACCUCCUACUGCAACUCCCACCCCCAGCUGGGACACGUCCUGGGCGGGCCCAUCAGCAUCGCCAACAUCCGCAACUUCCUCAUCAGCACCUGGCACAGGUUGAGGAAAGGCUGCGGGGCGGGGUGCAACAGCGGCGGGAACAUCGAGGACUCGGAGGCGGGGGGGUUGUCCAGUGGGAACGGGACGGGGGGCGACUCCCAGCAGAGCUCCAUGUCGCAGGGCGGGAUGUCCGGCCCCGCCCCCCCUCACGCGUACCCGCCUCAUUCUCUGGGCACCAGUCAGAGUUCUCAGUCGGUUCAGUCCGGUCUGGUCCGUCACUCCCCCGCCCGCGCCUCCAUGGCGAGCCAGUCGUCCUCGUACCGCUACAGCAGCAGCCGCCACUCGUCCCUGCGCACCUCCACCACGGCGCUGGAGCCCUGCCGCCGCUCCUCCACCAGCCAGCUGUCGCUGCGCACGCUCCCCACCUCCCUGCAGCUGCGGCUGGGCUCCGACCCCGCCGGGCCCUCCUCCUCCCUGUCCAGCCACAGCAUCCCGCCCUGCAAACGCCACACGCUGGUGGGGCUCCUGGGCAACGACGGCGUCUGCACGGCCGUGACGGACACGCUCGGCCACCAUCACCACCACCAGCUCCACCCCCAGCAGCACAACCCCGCCGUCUCCACCAUCCGCAGGGACGACAUCUCCUACAGGGUGCAGAUCGUAGACGUGACUCAGGUUCUGGAGAACAUCAACCUGUCCAAGAGGAAGGAGCUGCAGUGGCCCGACGAGAGCCUGCGGCUCAGGGCGGGGCGCACCUGCUGGAGGGACUGGAGCCCCACGGAGGGCAUGGAGGGGCACGUGAUUCACCGGUGGGUGCCUUGUAGCCGAGACCCGGCCAACCGCUCCCAUAUCGACAAGACCAUCCUGCUGGUUCAGGUGGAAGAUAAGCUAGUGCCCAUCAUGGAGGUGGGGGUCAUUGAGCUGGGCGCAGAGGUUUGAAACGCCGCCGACGUCCUGGAAACGUGUACGUCGACGCGGUCGGAGACGUCUGGCCGGCGUCUCUGAAAUGCUGCAACAGAAACCCUGAAGUUCCUUCUGGCUGUCGGUGAUUCAUUUCUAUGCAUCCGUCGUUUCUCUGAAUUUAUGACACAGCUGAGUGUAAGAAGCUUCUGGAGGCUUUUCUUUUGUAAAUCCUUUAAGAUUUUUGCCAAAUACGUCUGUUAAAGAUCUGCCAUGGUUAUUUACACCUGAAUGCUUUUUAUUUUCUUGUUUUUGCUGCCAAGACCGCAGAGGACGCCGCGGCGCGGACGGACGCCGGGCUCGCCGGCGCCGCCCUCCGCAGACUCUGCUUUGUUGUCGUCAUUCCUCUUUGAUUUCUCUGAAAUUUGCCAGAUUUAUUUGCGCAAAAAAUAAGAACUUGCACUAUUUGUUCAUUUACGGUGAUGCACUACAAUCUUUAAAUAAUAAUAAUAUCACAUUUUAUUUAUUACAGACUGAAUGGCGACGGUUACAGAUGCCUUGGGAAUGAAAAAACAAAUGCAAUCAAUUAUUUUGUUUUCUGCCAUUUUUAUUUUGCGUAUUUUCUGUUUGAUAAACUUGAAACGAACUUUUUACUGUACGUGACUUUACCUGUACACACAUGCAUCACAGAUAUCUGAGGGUUUAUUAUUUAUUACUGUGAACAUGGCUUUCCUUUCCCACUUUGAGACAAACGUUAAUGUACUGAGGACCAUUGAGGUUGAAAGCAAUUUUGAUGGACUGUUUCUCUAUUUAACUUAAUUCUUUUCUAUUUGGAGAAUUAAAGUUUGAUUUAUUGCUGUCUUUA